CUAGAGAGGUAUUAUGGACUCCUGCCUGCGAGGACCCCUAGGUGGCGCCAUUUUGGAGUCGCAGCGGGCUGAGGAAGCGCUGUCUCUUCCGACCCCAUCCCCGGCCGGCGCCCCUCGUUCCACUCCGGCCUCCAGGAUGAGCGUGGUGGAGCAUGUGCGGGAGAUGGCGGCUGCCGGGCUCCACUCCAAUGUGCGGCUCCUCAGCGGGCUCCUGCUCACCAUGAGCGGCAACAACCCUGAGUUAUUCUCGCCAUCACAAAAGUACCAGCUUCUUGUAUAUCAUGCAGAUUCCCUCUUCCAUGACAAGGAAUAUAGGAAUGCUGUAAGUAAGUAUACAAUGGCCUUGCAGCAGAAGAAAGCAUUAAGUAAAACUUCAAAAGUAAGACCCUCUACUGGGAAUGCUGCAGCCACUCCACAAAGUCAGUGCCUGCCAUCUGAAAUUGAAGUGAAAUACAAGAUGGCUGAAUGUUACACAAUGUUGAAGCAAGAUAAAGAUGCUAUUGCUAUACUAGAUGGAAUUCCUUCAAGACAGAGAACCCCCAAGAUUAACAUGAUGUUGGCAAAUUUGUACAAGAAGGCAGGUCAAGAACGCUCAUCUGUUACCAGUUACAAAGAAGUGCUGAGACAGUGUCCAUUAGCACUCGAUGCCAUACUAGGUUUGCUGUCACUUUCAGUAAAAGGGGCAGAAGUGGCUUCCAUGACAAUGAAUGUUAUUCAAAGCAUCCCUAACUUGGACUGGCUUUCAGUGUGGAUCAAAGCAUAUGCAUUUGUGCACACUGGAGAUAAUACUAGAGCAAUCAACACCAUCUGCUCAUUAGAAAAAAAGUCUUUACUGAGGGAUAAUGUGGAUCUAUUGGGUAGCUUAGCAGACCUGUACUUCCGAGCUGGAGAUAAUAAAAACUCGAUUCUGAAAUUUGAACAGGCACAAAUGCUGGAUCCUUAUCUGAUAAAAGGAAUGGACGUAUAUGGCUACUUAUUGGCACGUGACGGUCGACUGGAGGAUGUGGAGAACUUGGGCUGCCGUCUUUUCAAUAUUUCUGAUCAGCAUGCAGAACCGUGGGUGGUGUCAGGGUGUCACAGUUUCUACAGUAAGCGAUACUCCCGUGCCUUGUAUUUAGGAGCCAAAGCUAUUCAACUGAAUAGUAAUAGUGUUCAAGCUUUGCUGCUGAAAGGGGCUGCUCUUAGAAAUAUGGGACGAGUACAAGAGGCAAUUAUACAUUUCCGAGAAGCAAUACGUCUUGCACCUUGCAGGCUUGACUGUUAUGAAGGCCUCAUUGAUUGUUAUCUGGCAUCCAACAGUAUCCGUGAAGCAAUGGUUAUGGCUAACAAUGUGUACAAAACCCUGGGAGCAAAUGCACAGACGCUUACUCUGUUAGCAACAGUCUGUCUUGAAGAUCCAGUCACACAAGAGAAAGCAAAAACCUUAUUAGAUAAGGCACUGACACAGAGACCGGAUUACAUUAAAGCGGUGGUAAAAAAAGCGGAGCUUCUUAGUAGAGAACAGAAAUAUGAAGAUGGAAUAGCUUUGUUGAGGAAUGCACUGGCCAAUCAGAGUGACUGUGUUCUGCAUCGAAUACUGGGUGACUUUCUUGUAGCAGUCAGUGAAUAUCAAGAAGCCAUGGACCAGUACAGUAUUGCCCUAAGUUUGGAUCCCAAUGAUCAGAAGUCUUUAGAAGGAAUGCAGAAGAUGGAAAAAGAGGAGAGUCCAACAGAUGCAACCCAGGAAGAGGAUGUGGAUGACAUGGAGGGAAGUGGAGAAGAAGGGGAUUUGGAGGGCAGUGAUAGUGAAGCUGCACAGUGGGCAGAUCAAGAACAAUGGUUUGGCAUGCAGUGAUAUGGGUUUCAGUUCUUGAAUGUGCCCUGAGAUCCAUUGUUCUCUGAAGGAAGAACGUCCCCUGCAAUUUUCAUAUUAACAAAGUGGACUUUAUAAAAACAACCGACUCUGAAACCUUUUAAUAAUUCUCUGCAUCACAGUUCUGUUCAUUUUUGUGAUGCUUACUAUUUAUCAAUUACAAGAUUGAGCUGAACCAGGCUGGAGAUUUGUAGGAGUGGCUUAGUCUUUUCUUGCUAAAGCUAGAAUCUUGAGUAUAAAGCAUUUCAUACAAUGUACCUAUUGCUAGUGACUAAAAUGUCAAAAUUGGGUUCAAAACUAAGUAGUCUUGAUCCUUAGCUAUAGAUGUAAAUACAAGAGUUUUUUAUUCCUUUGUGAAAGGCUUUAUUCUUUUGUCUGGGCUCAUGCUUGAAUUCUUGUGGAAGCUUGUGGGAGUCACUUGUAUGUAUUUGAAGGGAGCAAUUUUUCCUCUCUCUUCAGCCAAUUAACCUGUUUGGUGUAAGGCAUUGCACUAAUUUUGAAGGUGGAAUUUGUAUCUCCAGCAUCCCUGACAUAUAGGAUGCUUUGUAACUAAUCAGUUUUUAUGUGUAAAGAAUAGUCCAAUGUUAGAAUUAUAGUAAUUUCCCCAAUCCAUACAAAGCCCCAUAAUCACUUAACCUGUAUGUGAACAUUUACUUCUAAAUAGAGUUCAGUUUUAUUUAGGUAAGUUACUAAAAGGCCUUACAACAGCAGUGACACAAAGCCACUUCACAUCCUGUCUGUGGCACAGUCAGUUUAAUUUUUUUUUUUUUUAAACUUCUCCAUUGCAUCACUAGUAGAAAUUUUAAAUUAGAAUGGCUGUCUUGGCUUUCUUUAUAUUUUACACUUAAAAUUUAGCUUUACCUAUUGAAAAUAGAAUCUCGUGCUAUCACCUACUAAAACGAUACUGAAUUGUCCACAGUAGAAAUUGUCCACAGUGGGCAUCUCUUAUUAAAAGUAAAUCUUUCAUUGAAACCAGAAAACCAAACAAAACUAUUUCUGUGGCACUUAGAUUUUGCAAGAGAAUUACCCUUGUCUUAGUGUUUCACUCUUGAUUUACUUGCUUCUUGCUAAAACAUAUGUCUUUAUUAUGCUUUCUAAUGGUGCUAUAGUUCACAUUGUCUUCAGUCCAUGGUUCUGCAUAGCUUUGUAAUUCUGCCUGUGGCUGCUCAAGUCUAUUGUACUGUUCAGUGCUGUCCUAGCUGCUGAAGCAGAGGUUGACUGACUGGUUUUUGUACUGGAACUUUUUGAUACUCUAGGGCAAAUUCUUGACACACACAAAAGAAAACAAGCUUUUCACGAACUAUAGUAGCAUAGCAAAUACAAAAAUAAAAUACAUUCCCAAAAGCAUACAUAAAAAUACAUGUUAAAAGGAGGGGACGCUUAAUCUUAUAACACAUUAUAGCCUGUUGGUUUUGAGAUGUUUAGCAUGUGUAAGCAUUAGAGUCUGGAUAGCUUCUUCCUGUUCAUAGCCAGACAGCUAUCCAGAAUGGAUAGUCUCCUCUUUCCAGUCUUUUAGCUGUGUUUGAGGGUGGGGGAAACCACUAGCUUUUCUCCAGUGUCAAUUGAAUUGCACUAAAGUAAUUGAAAAAUAAGCAGGCAGGUAGCCUGCCUUACUGUCUAUUAUCGAUGGUCUUAAUUAAGAAAUCUGUUGGUUUAUUAUCUCAUUUCACUAAAUAGUGUGCAAUCCAAAUGGACUACAUUUAAAUGAAAAUCCUAUUUAGGUAGCUGCUCUCUGAAAUUGUGAUCAGUACCCUUCCUGGCUCUAGUCUACUUCAUGAAGAUUUCAGCUGUUUGUCAUUCAGCAGUGGAUGGUGAUAGGUUUCAACUCUUUUCGUGUUAUUAAUUCUUUACAGAAGGAAACUGUAAAAACCAAACUGUUCCUUUUGCAAUCUGUCUGUUUCUUCCUUUCUCUGCAAUAAACCUCAAAAUCUGUGCUGCUUCUGAAGGUUAA